AUGCGCUACAAUGCCCUGAUCCGCACGCACCACAUAACCUCACGCAAGAAAGUCGCUGCGCUCAAACGCGCCGCUGACGCUCACAAAUGCUCCGUGCUCCUUCGCUACGGCGGCUGUCCCGGCAUCAUGUACGUCGAGGGAGACGGACGCGACGGAGUGAAUGCCUGGCUGAGCGAAGUGCGCAAGCUGAAAUAUAAAGACUUUCAGCUGGUGGCGAGGCCGGAGUUGCUCGUACUUGAGAACGACUUCAAGGGAAGCAGCAAUGCCAGCAGCGGCUCAGAUGACCUCGCACUGGGGGUGUCGGAGGUUGAUAGCGUCAAGGAGUUUGGGAAUCGAAUGGCUGAGCGUGGAGUCUGGAAGUGGUGGCGGAGCGGGAUGGGAUACACUUAG